CGUGACGACGGGAAGAGAAGCGCGCGUGUUCCAGGUCCCGCACGUGUGGGGAGGACGAACGUGUCCGCUGAAAGUGCGGAGGAACGUGCGAUCAACGUCCGAGCGAUCGCCGGCUCUGGUGCCAGUCACUCGUGAUACGUGAAACGCGAAACUGGGCGAAAGUUUCGCGGCGUGCCCACCUGGUGGACGGCGAAAGAGAGAAAGGACAGAGGAGGAAAGACAGACAGAAAAAGAGAGAGAGAGAGAGGGAAGGAGGGAGGGAGAGAGUGGCACUCUCGGAAGGAAUCCCGGAGGAGAUUUCGUCCGACGACGCCGCCGGUGUCUCGGUGUGUCGUUCGCUUUUAUUACCUCGCGCAGGGGUGCCGGACAGUUCACUCGGUCGGAGAGUGUCCUCAAGCAGUGUCCUCCAAGAGUGCACGCGAGACCUUGGGUUUCCGGUGCGACGUUGAAGCCCCCUGUCUGCCGUGCCGUGUCGCCGAACUUCCCUCAGCAAGCAGUCGAGCAAGGGAUGUACGAGAGGACAGCGUGACUGACUGACUUGACGCACACCGGAAGCGGAGAAGGGACCGAAAAUGUCGCAACGGAGGAGGACGUCCACCUUUACCUCGUCAUCGCCGCAUUCCUGGCUGAUCGCGGCGGUUUCGCUCAUCUUCCUCGUCCGAGUGCAACAUGUAACAGGAUGCCAAUUUCACCCGGUCGGCGAGUAUCUGAAAUUUGUCAGGGUACCGGAGAAUCUUGAGACAGGGACGGAAAUCCUCUCGCUGGAGGCCCAUCCCAGAAAUCGACUUGCCAUUUUGCCAGUUGACAAGGAAGAAGACGCCGGUUUCUUUGCCUAUAAGGAGACGAACAAGACGCACGUUUCCCUGAUCCUAGCUCAGUCCCUGGAGGACCUGGUAGACGCGGAAGCCCCGAGGAACCUGUUGAAGUUUCGGAUCUCCUGCGAAUCGGGCAGCGGCGACUCGCUGGUAUCGUCGCAUUUGUCAGUGACGGUCUACGUGGAGGAUAUAAACGAUCACGCGCCACAAUUUGUCGAUGCGCCUUAUCAUGUGACGGUGGACGAGCUCACGCCAGUCGGUGUGACGAUAUUUCGCGGGAUUCACGCUGUGGAUGGCGACAAGCCGAACACGCCGAACAGCGACGUCUAUUAUGCCAUUGUGAAGGGGAACGAGCAGGGCAAGUUUUCCCUCGAGUCCGGCCACAGAACCGCCCUGAUACUGCGCAAACCGGUCGACUACGACAGCGGGGAUCGCGAGUUCACUUUGGUCAUUACGGCGACUGACCGAGGCGUUCCCGCCAGAAGCACGAACACCACCGUAAAGAUAACCGUAGUGGAUAACGAUGAUCUUGAUCCGAAGUUUACGCGGGACAUCUACAAGGCGAAAAUCUACGAAUUCUAUCCUAUGCCGCAGUAUCCGAUCUUCACGGAGAUCAAUUUCACCAGCCCGAUCCACGCGGCUGACCGCGACCGGGAUAUAAACGUGCCGGUGCGAUACGACAUCAUAUCCGGCAACGAGCGUGGCUUCUUCCAUCUCGACCCGAAGAACGGCUCGCUGUUCCUGAAACGGCCGAUCGACCUCGAUGCCGAGCGUAACUUGCCGGGCAACACGUUCAACCUGCAGAUCCACGCGUCGCAGGUGGACAAUCCGCUGAAGAUGACGGUUGCGCGAGUCGAAGUGGAGGUGCUCGAUCUCAACGACAAUUUACCGCGAUUCGAAGUCGAUCUCUACAACAUCAGCAUCGUGGAGAACCUGCCGAACGGCUUCAGCGUGCUGCAGGUGGUCGCGCGCGACAAAGAUCAGGGUGAGAACGGCGAGUUCGAUUACAAGCUGCAGGACCCGUCGGGCGCGUUCUCCGUGGACGCGGAGUCCGGCUGGCUCACCGUCAAGGAUCAGAGAGUGCUGGAUCGCGAGAAGCGCGAUCACCUGAAGAUGAAGGUGUACGCGGUGGAACACAAACCGAGCGUGGUUGCGACAGGUGGGUCGGUGGCUGCGUCGAAGGGAUCGUCCGUGGACGUCGAGGUCACCCUGCUCGACGCCAACGACAACAAUCCGAUCUUCGUGCCGAGUAAUCUGUACGAGCUGGUGGCGAGAAGCGACGCGAAGGUCGGCACUGUGCUCGGGCAGGUGCACGCGAUGGACGACGAUCUGGGACCCAACGGGCUAGUUCGGUACAAGCUACAGAAGCCCGGCAACUCUACUUUGCGGAAGCCACCGUUUGCGGUGAACGAGCAAACGGGAGUGGUCAUGGUAUCGGAGAGUCCGAUACUCGAAGGCAGGCAUGCCAUCUUCGUGGAGGCGGCUGAUCAGCCGGCGAACCCCAGCGAGAGAAGAUUCUCCUUGGCGGUGGUCACGGUGGACGUUUUCCGAGCGGAUGGUCCAGAUUCGUGGGAGCCAGAUUUCGUCGGCGCGCCCUACGAGUUCUGGGUUGGUGCAAACGUGCCCGUAGGCACCAGCGUCGGGCAGAUUCGCCUGAACGACGCCGUGAAAAGCAACGACCUCAUCUACGAUCUGCUGCACGGCUACGAGGACGGAGUUCCAUUUGCCGUGGAGGAGCGCUCCGGUACGAUAACGGUCGUGGAGGUGAUCGAGCGCUUCGACCAGUCCAUAUACGAUUUCGAGGCGGUCGUCAGCGACGAGAGGGAACUCACGCUCAUCACGAACGUGUCGAUCCACGUGGUGGAUCCCAACGACGACCGCGGUAUUUUCACCAAGGGAACGACCACCGCAUCUCUGGUCUUCCACGUGAAGGAGAACGUUCCCGGCGCAUUGAUCGGUCAAGUGCUUCCGCACAAUCGCACAACGGCGGCGGCGACUACGUCUGGCACUCGAUUCCUUAUCGUCAAUCAGCAGGAUGUGCCUGAUGUCGCUAUUACGGAGGAUGGUUCUCUCUAUGCUCCAGAGGGUCUGGAUCGCGAGACGAGACAAAAUUACAGCAUCACCGUGAUUGCCGAAAGUUCGCGGGGCGUUAGUGUGUUCCAGGUGCGAAUCAUCGUCGACGACGAGAACGACCACGCGCCGGAAUUCACGCUAUCCGCUUACGAAGGCCGGGUCAUGGAGAACAGUCCCGCGGGAACGGAAAUCACUCUGUCAAAUCCGAUUGUGGCGAGCGAUAAAGACGAGGGCGAGAAUCGAAAUUUCGCCUUCGCUUUGCGCGGCGAGGGCAGCGGUCUGUUCCGGAUCGACCCGAUAACAGGCCAUGUACACUUCGUGGGCGUCGACGACGGCACCCUAGAUCGCGAGUCGAGGGCUAACUACGAGUUCCAAGUUACCGCCACCGACAACGGUGGCCUCCGCUCGGAGAGCACGUUGAGGAUAACGGUGCUCGACGAGAACGACAACGCGCCCAAGUUCAUACGAAUGGUGGUGCUGCCGGAUCAGGGCGUGCGGGUGUCGCAGGAGCCGGACGCCGCGAAGGACGAGGCGGACGAGAACGUCCCGGCCAACGACUCGGCGGCCGGCGGACGGCGCUCGCCGCUGCUGCUGGUGCCGGAGAACACGACGAUCGGCGCGCCGAUAAUCCGUCUGCUGGCGGACGACAAGGAUGAGGGCGCGAACGCGGUGAUAACGUACAGCCUCGGCAACGAGACGACCUCCGGCAGAUCACGCCGCUACGACGCGACCAGUCGCCGUUACUUCCACCUUGACCCGCGCACGGCCGAGAUAUCGGUGGCUCGCAGCCUGCCGCCGGAGAAGGAUUUCCGGCUGUUCGUCUUGGCGAAGGACCCCGGUGGCUUGUCCGAUAACAUCACCGUCAGGAUCCACGUGACGGACGUGAACGACCACGCGCCCGUGUUCGACAAGUCCUGGUACACCUUCGACGUGGCUGAAGGCACGUACAACGAGAUGACGGUCGGCGCGGUCCGCGCGCUCGACGCCGAUUACGGCGAGAACGCCGAGCUCAGCUACGAGCUCGUCACCAGCCACGACGAUUCGGGACUCGGCAACGCCUCGCGAUCCUUCAACAUCGACUCGUACGAGGGCGUGAUACGAAUCAGCGGCACGCUCGAUCGGGAAAAAAUCACGACUCAUCGUCUCCUUGUGGUAGCCCGCGAUCACGGCUCACCCGGCCUGAGCUCUUCUGUAGAGGUCGAGAUCAACGUGUUGGACGUGAACGACAACGCGCCAAUGUUCCAUGGCUACGACGAGCUGGAGGAGGGCGCGACUCGUUUGCCGGUUUACCGAGUCUCCGUGUUGGAGAACAGCCCGAUCGGCACGCAGGUGGCCAAAGUGUACGCUAACGAUAGCGACUUCGCGGGCAACGGCAACGGGCUGAUCCUCUUCGAUCUGAGCUACCAGGACCGCGCGGAGAAGCAGUACUUCGCGGUAGACAGCAAGGAGGGCGUCGUCACGACGAUUGCCAAGCUCGAUUACGAGACCAAGAGGAGCCACCGCCUGAUCGUCACCGCGAGCGACCUCGGCUCACCGAUCAGUCUCACCUCCUCGGCGGUGGUUCUCGUCACGGUGCUGAACGUGGACGACGACGACGAGGACGCUGGCGGCCAGCAGGCGGACAACGAGUUACACAAGAUGCCGGCCUUCCGGCAUCGAUACUACGAGCUGGAGGUCGACGAGAACGCCACGGUGCCGCUAUUGGUCGCGCAGCUCGAGCUCGCCGAGGAUUACCGCGGCGAUCAUAUUAGGUACAGCGUCGUGGCCGAUGGCUCCGACGGCAGAGAUCACUUCUCCGUCGAUCCUAAGAACGGUUCUCUCUAUCUGAUGACGGAGGUCGACCGCGAGACUCGGGAGCGUUACGAGGCGAAGGUCAGGGUCGACCGGCUCAAGAUCGGUCGUGGUAUGCCGGUGAUGAUCUACCCUGUGACCGGCGAGAGGCUGAACGGCCUGGCGUCUAACGAAGCCAGGAUUGUCGUGAGGGUGAAGGACGUCAACGACAAUGCACCAAGAUUCAAGUCCAAAGGCAGGCCGAUCCUCGCCGCUAUACCCACUACCGCUCAUUACGGUUACGAGGUCGUCAAAGUGGAGGCCGAGGAUCCGGACCAGGGGAUAAACGGCGAGAUACGCUACCAGAUACUUGGCCGGGAGGAUGCGCCGCGUUUCGCCAUCGACCCGCUCAGCGGCCAAGUGCGAUCCGUGGCGAGUUUCGGACGCGACGCCGGACGCGUCUUCGGUUUCGACGUCAAGGCCACCGACAGGCAGGGCGCCGAGAGCGGACGCAGCAGCAUCGCCAAUGUUUUCGUGUACGUGUUGGAUGAUCAGAAACAGGUUGUCAUGGUGAUGGGACGGAAGCCUAUUGAGAUCGAGCCGCAACUUGAGAACAUCACCAUCGCGUUGCAAAACGUCACCGGCCUGGACGUGAGAGUGCGGAAGCUGGAGCCACAUAUCGAGAGGAACCUGAUCGACGCGGCCUCCACCGACGUUUAUCUGUACGCGAUCGACCCUCAUCUGAACGUGAUGGUCGACAUGGAUACGUUGCACAGCGUUUUCAACAGUAAGAAGAUGGACAUAAAGCGCGAGCUGGACGAGUAUCGCGUGCUGGACAUCGCCGGCAACGCUCCGCGUAGAGGCAAUCAACGUUACCUGCUAUCAACUCUCGAGGUGGGCGUCGUGGUACUCGGCUGCGUCGUGUUCGUCGGCGCCCUAGUGACUGCUCUGUGCGUCGCCUGUGUUCGCCGCAACAAACGUCGUAGACGACGAGAGAAGGCGAUGUUCUCGACUGUCGGCCCUGUCGGAUUCGCAUUGACGGACCCCGCCGGCACCCUGCAAAAGCCGCCACUCUUUCCCACUUUCGUCGACGGCCUUCAUUACGACCCCGAGCCCUUCUGCUCCGAAAUGCCCAGGCGGCAAAGCAUAUGCGAGCACGGCAGAGCGUGUGGCAGCAACUGCGUCCGUUUUCACACGGUGGGCGGGGGUGGCAAACACGCGGUGAGGUCGACGGGUACGUUGAAAGGCCUCGAGGCAUCUGCGACAUCCUUGCAUUCCAGCGGUCAGGAUUCUGGCAUCGUGGCGCGCGCGUCCUGCCAUUGCAGUCACUCGUCCAGUCCUUCCAGCGGCGAGAGCAGCAAAAUUUGUAGUGGCUACGAGGACUCGCUGAAAUCCCUUCAGCGUCGUGAGAGAGCCAACGAGGUCUCGCGAGGGGGCCACGACACCUCGAGCGUGGUCGGAAGACGGGCGAAUCUGGCUGCGAAGCGACGGCAACGAUUCCACUCGUUCUCGAACGGCGAGACGGUUUAUACCCACGAGAUGACGUUACAGCGGGAGCAGCAUUGCUGCGGCGGCACCGAGAAGAGGCGGAAAGCGGAGCACCGUCGCGCGCAUUCCGAAGCGGAGAACAAUAUCACCGAGACGGUGAUACACGAGCAUCCGGGAACGGAAAUCUCGUUAGGCAGCUCCCUGCCGAACACGUCGUCGACUCUUCAUGAACUAGCCACAUGCUCUAUUGAUGGCACUAAUCUGUAAAAAGAUGGGAAAUCUCCGCCGAGGGGCGCCGAGACAUCGGCCGCGAAAAUCUUCUCAUUCGACAAACUUAAUUUUCCCUUUGUAAACUCGCGUAUAAAUUAGCUUUGUACGCUGUGCGUCGCUCACGUCGUGUCAUCCCGUUGCCAAAGCGCUCGCGCGCGUCGCGAGCCUCGAAAGAAUCGCAGAAUCACUCAUUUCUGUAAAUACACGGCACAGCUCUUCGGCAUUCGGUCUUUCGCGCUCUUGAAUUAAUCGCGAUAGAUUAGAUAGCGGCGCCGGUAACUGUCGCUAAGACUAUUUAUCGUGCAGAUAUUGACACGUGAGAUGUAAAUGUUUGUGUAUGAUAUAUUGAUGUAUUGAGUAACUGGCGUUGUAGAUUAUGUACAGAGAUAUAUUUUGUUUAUAUGUUUACACACACACACACACAUACACACACACAUAUAUAUACACACAGAUAUUUUUCGGCGGACUAUAAUCCCGAUCAUGUUAGCUAUUCAACCUUUGUACGUAAUAUGUGUGUACGUCUGUAGAAUGUAUAAUAAAGUGUAACAUAGUGUAAUUUAUAUCCUAGACUGGCGCGUGUUUCUCGUCGAUUGACGCGCUGCGGAUCGUCAAAAGAAAGGAGAGACGCAAAUAUAAUGAAAAAUACAUCAA